CCCUCCAUCCUUUGUUUUCACAGGUUCACCAGCGGCUGCUGCAGACGGCAUUGAUGCAGAUUCUCUCUGUUCCCAGCUCCGACCUCAUGGCUCUGACCCGCUGCCGACUCCACCACCAGAACCGACCCUCUUCAAACAUCUGAGGUGGCUUCGCUACCGUGAGGGGAGGUGGGGGGGGCACUUCAUUGGUUUGGUUGGGAUUGGCGCCACUGGAUGCUACUCAAAACGCUGGACUGUGACGGGAUACGGUGGCAGCCUUCUAUAUCAGGUUCUGCCAGCCUGAUCUAGAAAGAAAACACCAAAACUGCAGAGUGACAGAGCCGAGCAGCGCCACAGCGGUCCAGAUCAGAGCCACGGGCCUUCCUAUGAGACCCCCGCAGCGGCUGCUCAGCCUCUCAAUAAUGCAUCACGAGGAGAAAGUUCCUUUAACGUUCUUUUGAAAGUGCUGAACGGUGGACAGAGCGACGGAUGCCGAGUAGAAGAAAAAGACGAGAUGAACGCUAACGCCACGAGUUUGUAGGACACAAACGGCGCCGAGAAAAAUACAGCGAUAAACCCACAAGCUUCAGGUAGGAGAACUUCAAAGGAGAAGAUCCAGGCGGCGCCCUCACCAUGGUGAACACGGGCAUGCAACUGAUCAGCUUCACCUGCGCCGUGACCGGAUGGAUCAUGGCGAUCGCCGUCACAGCGCUGCCACAGUGGAAGGUGUCGGCCUUCAUCGGCAACAACAUCCUGACCUCGGAGAUCAAGUGGGAGGGCAUCUGGAUGAACUGCAUCUACCAGACCACGGGUCACAUGCAAUGCAAAACAUACGACUCCAUGCUGGCGCUGCCGCCAGACAUCCAGGCGGCGCGGGCCCUCAUGUGCCUCGCCAUCUUCAUGGGCUGGCUGUCUUGCACAGUGUCCUGCUGCGGCAUGAAGUGCACCACCUGCGCCGGCGAUGACCGCCGUGCCAAGGCAGGCAUUGCGCUGGCGGGCGGCAUCCUCUUCAUCGUCACAGGCCUUUGCGUUCUGAUCCCCAUUUCCUGGACUGCCAACACGGUGGUGCGGGAUUUCUACAACCCCAAUGUCCCCAUCAUGCACAAGCGAGAGCUGGGCCAGGCCAUCUACCUGGGCUGGGCCGCCGCCGUCAUCCUGAUAAUCAGCGGCGCCGUGCUGAGCAGCACCUGCCCACUUAUGGAGCGGGGCGGUCGGUACCGCAGGGGCUACAUGGGACGGAGCUUUGCCAACUCCCCCGCCUCCGCUCCCGAUCCUCCCAAACCCAUCACCUCCAGCAGCCUCCCCAUGAGGGAGUACGUGUAG